UUCACUUUAAACACUGUUAUACAGACCAGCGUGUUAUAUGGAUCCAAGAGUCAGGACCUGAUUAAUGUAACAUUUCUGUCGUGUAUGUUUCAGUUCUAGUCAUUGUACAAUUGUGGACUGUUUUAUGAGCUGUUUAUUUGAAACUGAUGAAGAAAAUGUUUGACGUGACUUUCUGUUUGUGCUUUUGGAGUCUGUUUGGUGUGUUUGGUGUUGAGACAGAUGUUUUAGAGUCAGUGUCAGUGAUGGAGGGAGAUUCUGUCACUCUAAAGAAUGAUGAUACUGAAAUACUGAGAGAUGAUGGGAUCAUGUGGACGUUUGGACCUAAACAAAUUCUCAUUGCUCACAUCAAAAGAGAAGACAAAAAUGUCAUUAAUGAUGCUGCUGAUGGGAGAUUCAGAGGCAGAAUACAGCUGGAUCAGACUGGAUCUCUCACCAUCACAAACACCAGAACUACAGACUCUGGACAAUAUAAUGCAACUACCAAAAGCAAAGAGACCCUACUGAAAAUAUUCAAUAUUACUGUCUAUGCUCGUCUGCCCGUUCCUGUCAUCACUACAGACUCUCCACACAACUCUUCAUCAUCUGAAAGUUCAUCUAAAUGUGUGUUGGUGUGUUCAGUGGUGAAUGUGACACAGGAGACUCUCUCCUGGUACAAAGGAAACAGUUUAUUCUCCUCCAUCAGUGUGUCUGAUCUCAACAGAAGUCUCUCUCUACCUCUGGAGUGUGUUGAUGAUUCUUACAGCUGUGUGGUGAACAAUCCCAUCAGAAACCAGACUAAACAUCUCAACAUUACUGAAGUCUGUCAGCCGUGUUCAGCUUCAGCUAAUACAGAUAUACUUCUGAUAGCGUGGAUUUCUGCUGCUGCUGGAAUUCUGUUGAUUGUAUUGAUAAUUGCAGUCGUGAUCUUCUGCAUCUGCAGGAAAUGUAGAAAAACAGAUCAAGAGGUCCAGACUCGUGAAGAAGAGAUAACUUAUGCUAAUCCAGCAAUCUAUCAAAGAAAAGCACUGAAAUCAAAAGUGAAAGAGGAGGAUGAUGUGGUGUACGCAGGUGUCGCCGUGAGACGUUGAUCAAACUCUCUGAGCUUCAGUUUCCUCAUAAAUGAUGAUCUAAACACAGUAACUAUCCCUGUUGAAAACACAGCUUAACUAGUAACCAGACUGUGAUGUGUUUAGGACAAUAAACUUCUGUUAUCAUGUACUCACCCUCAUGUUGUUCCAAAGGUAGAAUAUCAGCCUCAGUCACCAUUCACUUUCAUUAAAUGAGAAAAAGAUGCAAUGAAAGUGAAUGGUGACUGAGGUUGAGUAAAUAAUGACAGAAGUUUUACUUUUGGGUGAACUAACCCUUAAAUACAAUACAUUCAAAUUACAUUUAUAUCAAACCAGCACUGUACAGUAUAAACCAGCCUAGACCAGCAUGGGAAUUCGUGCUGGUCUAUGCUGAACUUUUAAACAUGGAUGACUCUGUUUAGUUGUUUAUUUGUGUGUGUGUGUUUUGUGCCACAUAGAGGCCCUGUUUACACAUGGUAUUAAGAUGCAUUUUCGGUGAUCUGAUCACGUGUUUAGCCGAGACGCAUUCCUGUUUCAACCUUGUAUAACCAUGUGUCUCAAAUGUGUCUCCUGUGAUCACUUGUGUCGUAUUUGUAGGGGAGGGUCUCUGAUUUAAUGAGGACAUGCAUCAGUCACUAUGUCAGUGUGUUACUGCAUGACAUUAAAGCGUAACAAAGUUAGAAAAGACAAAGAAAGCAUGAAAAAAGGCACAAUUUAAUCUAAGAACAAUCACAACAUUUUGAGUAGUAUUCUCUAUUAUUUUAUGGGUGUAAAUUAACAAAUUACAAAUACUCUCACUACUGUAAUUAAAGGAAUAUUCCGGGUUCAAUACAAGUUAAACUCGACAGCAUUUGUGGCAUAAUGUUGAUUACCACAAAAACGUAUUUCGCCUUGUCACUCCUUUUCUUUAAAAAAAAAAGCAAAAAUCGAGGUUACAGUGUGGCACUUACAAUGGAAGUCAAUGGGGCCAAUUUUUGGAGGUUUUAAAAGGAGAAAUGUGAAACAGUCAUUUUUACAGUCAUUUUAGGGUUUUAAGGUUUGUUGACAUUACAUCAUCAUGGUAAUGAAGAUGUAAAAUUGGCUAUAACUUUACACAGAGGUGGUUAGUAAGUGAUUUUAUCACAUGUUUACACAAAUAUUUUAUGUUUAUGUCUUGUGGCUAUACUUUUGAAACAAUAAGUAUUUUAACGUUUACUGAUUGGCUCCAUUGACUUCCAUUGUUAGUGUCUCACUGUAACUCAGAUUUAGCUUUUUUUAAAGAAAAGUAGGGGCGAGUCGAAAUUAAUUUUGUGAUUAUCAAUAUUAUGCCACAAAUGCUGUCGAUUGUGUUUAACUUUUAUUGAACCCGGAACAUUCCUUUAAGUAGUUUUUCCCAGAAAUUGUACUUUUUUUAAGUAGUUUAAAAGUUAAUUGUAUACUUGAGUACAUUUUAAGGGCUGUAACUGUACUUUUACUGCACUAUUUUCCCUCUGUCUGUGUUUGCUACUUCCCUCUCCUGAUUUUAUUUUUAUCCCUCAAUGUGACUGGCUACGAGAUUCUUGUGACUCAUGUCAAAUCAGGUGUAGAAAACUUGAACAGCAGCUGUAGAUCUGGCACCAACUACUAUUAAUCAAGGAUGUGGAGGAUGUUUGAAGCCAGGGCCAUAGCACCGUUUUCUGGGCCCCCUGACUGUAUAUUGCCCUGGGUCCCUUUCCUAUUAAAAAAAUACAGUUUAGAAUCCGUUGUGGGGCUCCCCUGGACCUGUUGGCCCCGCGAAUUAUUAACAUCUUUCACCCCUCUAGCUAUGGCCCUGCUUCAAGCAGCAGUACAACACCUGAACAUCCAUAGCCGCACCUAAAAGGCCUUUUCGCAGUGAGGAAGCCCAGUUGCUUGAUCGUGUCAUGUGAGUUUAGCUUGCUCAAGCCAGAUAUCAGCAUUAAUUUACCUCUAAUUUGAAGAAACAAGGUAAAUUUCAUAUUUCUGUUUACUAUUAUCUGUAUCUAUAACAUAGCCCUGUAAAUUAGCUAUCUAUCACUGAGAUUAUUGGGCUGCUAUGAGAGAUUUAUACAAUGACAACUAGGUUAUAGGGCAGGGUGAUAAAACAAUCUUGAUAUUUAUCUGGGAAUAAAAUCUUCUAUAUCCAUGAUGAACUUUUGAGUAAUUUUCUAUAUUUAGCCCAUGUUCUAUAUCUAGACCAGUGGUGCUCAUUACGUUGUUUGCGAUAGCAAUAACUUUAGUAGCUUUAAAAGUAUUAAUGUAAUGUAAUAAAACAGUGACACUUUUAAUAAUAUUGUUAAUUUUGUAUUAAUACCGACCCCUGAUGAAGAGACUGUGUUAAUUUGUAUAAUAAAUUACCAGUGAUUAGAGAAGAUAAAAUAAUUUAUAAUAAUGCUCAGCCUUUAUCAAUUUUUUCUAAUGCCUGAUAGAAAAGUAUCAACCUCUAUAGAGCAAUACUUCAGGCAGAAUAUUCCCAUCAUCAGCCACAAAUACACUUUAGAAAAUUGUGCAUCAUGCAUUAGAAUGAGAACACAACUAUUUCUGGGCUUAAAAGAUUCAAGAACCAAAUCAACGUGGAACAAUGUAUCUCAAAAGUAAUACAAUCUGGCCCCAUGUACUACUUAAAGCCCGAUGUGGCCCCUGUUGUCACGGUUGGGGUUUGGGGAAGGAAAAAGGACCCAAAAGCAGAUGAACAGCUUUUAUUGACAGAGAAUGUGGAGUAACUUAAUGGCUUUUCCAACGCUGGCCAUAGACGGCUGAUCCAACAAGCUGCUGGUAGAAAGAGAGUCAGAGAUAGGCGUUACCAACGCUGGCCAUAGACGGCUGAUCCAACAAGCCGCUGGAAGAAAGCGAGUCAGAGAUAGGCGUUUCUAACGCCAGCCGCAGAUGGCUGAACCAACAAGCCGCUGGAAGAAAGGGAGUCAGAGAUAGGCGUUUCUAACGCCAGCCGCAGAUGGCUGAACCAACAAGCCGCUGGAAGAAAGGGAGUCAGAGAUAGGCGUUUCCAACACCGGCUGCAGAUGGCUGAUCCAACAGGCUGCUGGAAGAAUGAGAGUCAGAGAUAGGCAUUUCCAACACUGGCCACAGAUGGCUGAUCCAACAAGCUGCUGGAAGAAAGAGAGUCAGAGAUAGGCAUUUCCAACACUGGCCACAGAUGGCUGAUCCAACAAGCCGCUGUAAGGAACUGGUGUGUUCGUGAGGCGAGUGUGCAUUGUGGAAGUCUGGAGCACUCCAAAGAGAGUCAGCUGAAGUUGGUGUGGUGCAAAGCCAAGCCCAGACAAAUCUCUCAAGAUGCGGGCAGAUGUCGAGGAAUCCUCCUCCACAGUACUGGGCACCAACUGGUGAGAGCGACUGCAAGCAGGCAGGUAACCGCACCUCUAUUGACAGGCAACCAACAGACACACGAGCAUGCUCCAACUACACAAGAGAGAAAAGUUAGACAUGACAGCAAACAGCAAACAUGACAGCGAACAAUAAACUGGAAAAGGAGGAGGGGAAACACAAGGAAUAAUUAGGGAGUGCAAUUAGAGGAGAGCAGGUGGAAGCAGGCAAGUAAUUCAUCACCAUGAUCAGCAUCUCCCCGGGAACUUCCCAUGGAAAUACUGAUCAUGUGUGCUGGCCACCUGUGAGACACGAGGGAGAGAAAAACAAACAACAGUUAGAGCCGGCACACAUGCCGGAUCCGUGACACCUGUACCAAAAAACUUUGCCCACCCCUGCUCUACACCCCCUCUAUUGUGCGGGACGUGACAUGCCAACUGCCAAGUGACAGUCUUUUUCUGCUUUUUUAGUUGUUUUUGCAUUGUUCUGAACAUAAUGUUUAUGCACAACAAUAACUUGCUCUGUCAGCAUUAAGGAAAAUUUAGACCCUACACAUACAUUUAUUUUAAUGUAGCUGUUUCAUACAUUAUGAUUUAAAAUGGUGAUCAGUGUAUUGAAAAUAACUUUUUCAUCUUUUCAUCUGGGUAAUCACAUCGCCUUUUUAUUUUUUGGAAUCAGAUUCAGGUUUUUUUUUUUUUCUUAGAUAAGUGAUGUAUUUUAAAAGUUGUCAGUCAAAAAAAGCACAUAUAUUUUUCAUUCUUUCUGGCAAACAGCCAUAAAAGGGAAUGUAAAUUAUGGUAUGUGUGCUACAUUUUGAAAUUGCAGCAUACAGUGUUUAUUAUAAGGGAUCAUCGCAUUCGCAGCCCAAUACUCACUACUCAUGAGUACUUUUAAAUGAGUUUCACUUUUACUCUUACUUGAGUAGUUUUUAGGACAGGUAUUUUUUUUUCUACUCACACUACAGUUUUUGGGAAGUAACAGUACUUUUACUUGAGUUUGAUUUUUUUGUCUCUGCAUGUUGAUUUCAGACACACUGAAGAAGAUCCAUGAGGUUUAUGUAUUCACUUUUUCAAGUUUCUGAACGGACGGUUAUUUCCUUUGAAAGCAGCAUGUAACCGGCAAUAUUUAAAGUCUUGUUUUAGCGUAGCAGUUGAUUGACAAGUGAGGAGUGGGUCUGAGAUGCAUAAAGGAUGGAUUAGCAUUUAUACAUAAAAUGUGACGUGUUCACAUUAAUGUUUGACUAUCUCUAUAUGUGGUUUCAGUGCUCAAAUCACAAAAAGUUUUAGACCCUGUUAACGCCUGUAUUUAGUGCUGACCACAUGUGAUCGGAUCACCAAACACACAUCUUAAUACCAGGUGGAAAUGGGGCCAGAUUUCCUCUAAGUGAUUUUAGUUUAUUUUGACUCUGUUUAAUUAAUUAUGCCUAAAGUUAUAAUGGUCAAACAUCACACACACGGUUGAUCAUGGGGCAUAAAAUUGAUUUUUAUCAGGGAUGGAUGAACAAGCUUUUAAUCUAUUUUUUAUGUUUAAUUUUUGAAAAUGUCUUUUAUAUCUUCUUUUUUUUUCCUUCAAACGUCAGGUUGAGUAUUGUGUCAGUGCUGGUGUAAUGCUGUUCUGAUAAAUGUCUGUUGUACAGCAGAUCACUCUGCUGGAGCGCUAUCUUGGGUCUCUAUAUAGAAGUGCAUUGUGUCACUAACAGCUCUGUCUGCUGUUCCUUUAGUGUCAAUACGCCUGUUUACACACAAGCAGAGCGAGUUUCUGCCUAAAUAGUAUAUAAAACCAUUUUUAUGUGAAUUGAUACAUUCAAAUCAAUGUGAAGAUUUACAUUGUGAUAAGAAUGCAUUUAUGAAUAAUUUACACAGAAAUUCCAAUGCACUUAUGAUCACCUUGCUGCUUUGAAAAUUCUCUUUAGUAUUUAUAUUUCUAUAUAUAAAUCUUUAUAGCAUUUGAUUUCACAGUUCGUCUCUUUAUAUUCCCCACUCUAUUGUUGGCCAUGAGCUCUGUAAAGAUUAUAUGGAGAAAUUAGUGUUUAAAACAGAUAUAGUUCCUGUCCAAGAGCCGUGUUUGUAUUUAGCAAAUGCUUUAUGUUUAAAAUACUAGAGAUACAACUAGGCCAUUUGAUUAUUUUAUAAAAUGACUUGGAUAAAACUAUAUAAACCUAUGAUAUUUUUAAGGGUAAUGUUCAGUGAUGAUAUAUUCUAAACAUUAAAAUUUUACAGAUAUUAAACACAUUGUGGCUCUGGGUGUUUCUGUUGAAAAAAAGAGCACUGCUAAAUGGUUUUAGGAAGUUGAAGCUUAAAUAAGGGUGAAAAAAACUGUGUGAAAUGAGAGGCCAGAGAUGACUCAUAAGGUGUAAAAAAAAAAAGAAAGGAAAAAAAGAAAAUACUGACUAC